UGAUAAACUUAUUAAAUAGAUCUCAGCAAUGAAACUGCUUUAAACGAUAAGUUGAUAAUAACAAACGUCACAGAACAGCAGGGGUUAAAAUUACCAACAGAAGUGAACUGACUUAAGAUGUCUGGAAGUACUUCCAGCUGGCUGUCCAAUCUGGCCUCGAAGGCGGAGACAGUUCUGAACCAGAUAGAUGAGACGGCAGCCACUGCGCUACACACUCCUAAUAGUCAACAGCAGCAGACUGACACCAAAAAUCAAUAUGGCGGGGGAGCGAAUAGUGAUGACAGAAGAAAAAAUAGCAGAAAUGGAGGAAACACUAAGUCCCCAUCUUCCAGGUCGAGACAGAUGAGGAGAGGUGAAAUUUAUCAGCAGCAGCAACAUCAACCGCAGAGUAAGAGAGUUUUUGGCCCUGGUCACGUGAGGAAACUGUCCUCGAAUUCCCUGGACGUGGAUACCAAAGUGACCUCCAACAGCAGACCCAGUUCAGUCAGCUCAACCAAGUCCAACAAGAGCGAAGGCGCCUUGCCAUUGUACGUUGAUCCCUUUUCCUCGCGACACGCCCGUGAUCACACUCUCGGACGGGGCGAGGCGGAAGGGGAGGGCGAGGAAGGGUAUCUGGAUCAGCAGGAUCACAGUCCCAAGAGUGGGAUUGAGGACAGCUUCAGUCAGGUGACUAGCAACUCAGGCAGCAGUUACCUCCAAGUGGACCCCCAUAAUGACUCAAUCACUCUUGCAUAUGAAGAAGAUCAACAAUUCAAUGCAGAGAUGUUGAGCUCACUGAGUCAAGAGAACAAGUUGCUUAAAAGCGAACUGCAGUCCCUCACUCAGGAGUUGAACUCUGCCCUGAAUAGACAGAGGGACUCCGAAUCCAGACUGAAGAGACUCAACCAAGACUACGACCUCAAGUGCCACGAGGCCAACGAGAUGUUCAGGAAGUUGCAGAAUGUCGAGCUGGAUCUCAGUGAGGAGAUCAAGGCUCGUGACUCGCAGAUUGCAGGCUACAGAGUGAAAGUGAACGAGUUGAGUGACAAGAUAGCUGCUCAGAAUGAGUCCCUUCAACAAAUAAACAACGAAAAGAUCCGAAUUCUGUCGGACCACCAUGCCUCGAGUGGAGUGCACGAGGAGAGUGUGACCCAGAUGCAGACUCAGCUGAAGGAGGCACAGGAGGCAUUCAACUCUCAGAUAGAGCGGGAGAGGAGGGAGAAGGAGGAGACACAACACAAACUGCAGCAGGCGGAAGACAACAUACAGACCCUGACGGCGGAGUUGCGUGAGGUGAGUGGCAGACUGCAGAGUGAAAAGCAGACCAGUGGGGACUACUUGCGACAACUCAACUUGGCCAAGCAGAGUGUGGAGGAGAGCAGGAGUGAAUUGAGCGACUACAAGAACAAAGCUGUCAAGAUACUACAGGCGAAAGAGAAGUUGAUCGCGGAGAUGAAGAUGUCCUUCAUGGAGGGGAGUGGGACCAGUUUGGGUGGUGGGGAGGAGGGUUCAUCUUCUUAUCAUCAGAUGGGAGAAUCGAGUGGCAGUGAGGGGGGACUUAUGACCAGGAGUCAGCAUUCUCCGGGAGCGAGCAGUUCCCACUUCGAAAUGAUGAAGAUGGAGUUGAGCCAGUACCGGAGUGAGUGUGAGUUGCUGCGGGAGGAGGUGGGCAGAGUGGGGGUGCAGUUAGAGAGGGCGAGGGAGGAGUUGAGCGCGAGUGAGCAGAGCAGCAGCCAACAUCACCUCUCUCUCACUCACGACCUCCAAGCCACACACCACUCGCUACAACAGGAAAAACACAAAGUUGCAAUGUUGGAAGAAGAGUUGAGUAGAAACAAAGAAGAGCUCAACGUAACCAGUCGAGAACUCCUUUCAGUCAAGGAAAAACUGUCUCGCACAGUAGCCGAGAAAGAUCAACUCAUAUCAAAGCUGCAGGCGGAACUAAUCUCAAUCCGAAACAGACCGCAAGCAGCCGGAAGCGAAGAGUUCGAGGCCAGAAUCCGGACACUUACGGAUACUCUGUUGUCAAAACAAUCUCAAAUCGAAAGACUGAACUCAGAGAAACAGUCUCUUAACUUCCAACUAGAGAGAAUGGCGUUAGAGAACUCAAGCGCAAAUGGCAGCGUGAGGUCGGGUUCAACGAGGGUUAACAUGAUGACGACACACCUGGACGACGAUGGUCUCAAGGCGAAAGGGAUCCCAUUGUUUUGCAGGGAGUCAGCAUUUGACAACCAGGCGAUCCGUUUGAUGAAAAAAGGCCUCCUUGCAAUAGACUCUUUCUCUCUCACAGUCGGCGUGUAUUUCCGCAGAUUUGCCUUAGCGAGGGUUUUUAUAGUCAUUUACGCUUUGCUACUUCAUCUCUGGGUUACGAUAGUGAUUCUCACUUAUAAACCCGAAAUGCAUUCUGAUGAUUUUCAGCCCCAGCUCAAUCCGAGGCCCAAGCUUGACUGAAAUAAAAACAGAACAAAACUUCUUUAAUCCCCUUCUCGCCCUUGUUUCGUGAUAGUGGUUUUACUCCACCGUUUUAGAUGCCGACGAGUUCAGCCCAAUUUAGUACAUGUUCGCUUCGUUUUAAAGUACAUUCUGUAGCAUAAAACUUUUUUGCCACGUGCUCAGAUAAUAUAUAUUUUGAAGAAUCUUUGCAAGAUCGUGCCAAAAAGUAUGAAAAUGGGAAGAAAUCUGAAGACAAAAAUCAAAG